UUUAAACUCUGGCUAGAAACCAGAAAGCACUAGUGAAUCAGAAUCCGAUUGCAUCAAACAAGAAGAGAAUAGCGGUAACCCGGCAGCUAAACCGGCCGACUGUUAACCGCUUUCUUCUCCUCAAUUUUGCUUUAGGGGUUGAGGUCCCCAACGCCUUGGCGGAAACACAACAAAGCAGAAGCUGGUCAAACUGUCUUUGCAAAUUGGAUGGGUAAAUUAAAGUCCGAUUCUCCCCUCUCUCGUCGCAUCGUUCGAUCCUUUUUAGAUUUCCUCGACUCAGUUGAACCUGCCCCGGGGGUUGAUCUCGAAGGCCUUGAAGUUGCUAGGGAAUGUUUAGUGGAAGUAUUUAAACUCAACUCAGCUUCUAUAAAUGAUGCAAAACCUGAUGUAUUAAUUGACAUAUUCAGUUCUUUGGAUGCAAGUGAGGAUAAGAAAGUUAAAUCAGAGAUGAGUCACAGGGGGGCUUCUGAUAAUGUUACUGCUUCACCUUCUACCCAUGAGUUUGGGGAUAGUUGGACUAAAGAACCUCAAUCUACAGGAGUCUCUAAGGACGAACUCUUUGGGCAAUUCUUCGCUGCACUAGAGAAAAUUCAGUUUCUUAAAGCCAUGCCCGAUGGGAAUGAUGAUCCUGCUCAACUGGAUAAAGCUACUCAUUUGUUUGAAGAUGCUGUAAAUGAGAUGGAAAGAUCUGGUUGUCGGGCAUUUGACCGUAAAAACCUGGCUGACACAUUCAAAUGUCAAGGUAACAGGGCCAUGCAAUCAAAGCUAUACUCUGAUGCAAUAGAGUUUUAUUCUAUUGCUGUUUCUCUUUGCGAUGAUAAUGCAGUUUAUUAUUGUAAUCGGGCUGCUGCUUACACUCAAAUUCACAUGCAUAAUGAAGCUAUUAGAGACUGUCUUAAAUCCAUUGAAAUUGAUCCGAAUUACAGCAAGGCAUACAGUCGUCUUGGUUUAGCAUAUUAUGCUCAAGGCAACUAUGCUGAUGCAAUUGAGAAAGGGUUUAAGAAAGCCUUGCAACUGAAUCCAAGCAAUGAAUCUGUGAAAGAAAAUAUUAAGGUAGCUGAGCAGAAAUUGAAAGAUGAGCAGCAAAGGGCAGAAAGGGAUCAGGGUGCUAGUUCCAGUCGAAAUAAUCAAGGAUCUAAUAACCAAUCAACUGGAUCAAGGAGUCAUAGUGGAUCAUCUCCAUUUACAAUGCCUUUCGACCCUAGUUCCCUUCCGACAGACAUUGCGAGCAUGCUCAUGAAUAUGGCUGCAAGUGCAUAUCAGGGACAACCAUCUCAAAACAGACAAGGUGAAGACGUCAACAUGAAUGGAUCGGAAGAACCCGGACUAAGAAUAGGUGGGAACAUCAGCAUGAAUUUGGGUGAGCAAAUGCAAAUACCAGAAGAGUUAAGUGGUGCUUUCAGAUCAGUGAUGGAUAUGUUCUCAGGGACACCACCGCAUGGAAACAACCAGGACAGAAAUGGAGGAUCAGGUUCAAACUAAACUACUACACAAACAUGUACACCAUUGUUUUCAACUUCUAAUGGCCCGUGCUAUCGGUUUUAAC